GCCUUUCAACGACAAUGAAUCGAAAUUAGUGAAAGUUCAUAUUUAUAAAUGAAUUCAUAUCGAGUUAGAUUAACAUUACGGAGCGGCAAAUGGAUUGUGCAUUGGAUUUGAUGAGAAGACUGCCACCUCAGCAGAUUGAAAAAAAUUUAAGUGAUUUAAUAGAUUUAGUGCCAUCUCUUUGUGAAGAUCUUUUAUCUUCUGUUGAUCAGCCUUUAAAAAUUGCAAAAGAUAAAGAAUCUGGGAAAGAUUAUUUACUUUGUGACUAUAACAGAGAUGGAGAUUCCUAUAGAUCUCCUUGGAGUAAUACAUAUGAUCCACCACUAGAAGAUGGCUCAAUGCCUUCUGAAAGACUUAGAAAAUUAGAGAUAGAUGCAAAUCAUGCAUUUGAUCAGUAUAGGGAACUCUACUUUGAAGGUGGAGUUUCUUCUGUUUAUCUAUGGGAUUUGGAUCAUGGUUUUGCAGCAGUAAUACUGAUUAAGAAAGCAGGUGAUGGCUCAAAAAAAAUUAAGGGUUGUUGGGAUUCAAUUCAUGUAGUGGAAGUUCAAGAAAGACCAAAUGGAAGAUCUGCACAUUACAAAUUAACUUCAACUGCAAUGCUUUGGUUACAAACUAAUAAACAUGGAUCUGGGACAAUGAAUCUAGGUGGAAGCCUUACUAGACAGGUUGAACAAGAUGCCCAAAUAAGUGAGAGCUCUCCACAUAUUGCUAAUAUUGGCCGUAUGGUUGAAGAUAUGGAAAACAAAAUCCGAAAUACUUUAAAUGAGAUAUAUUUCGGAAAGACAAAAGAUAUUGUAAAUGGUCUAAGGUCUGUUCAAUCACUAGCUGAUCAAAGACAACAAGCAGCCCUCAGACAGGAUCUCGCUGCCGCAUUGCAAAGGAGAAAUGCUAAUAAUUGACCC